AGGACCAUAACCCUAUUGACCAUAUCAUCCCCACCCCUGAUAGCCGCCUAUGAAUUACAUCUCGCACUACUAUGUCUACAUCAAAUACUAGUUGACAUUUUCGUUUUCCUCAUGUCGUUGUCCCUGAGUACUCCCAAUCGGAUGAGUGAUCUCUGUCGUUCCAGAAAGUUGAGUUUUGAAGUUUAACCCUGGUGAUCCGUUAAGUUUCCGAGGCUGUGUGACUAUUGCUAUCUUAAGUCGGAUGAUUUAUUUGCUUUUUUUUUCGUGAUGAGAAACGACGUGGUAUUAUGAUGCCGCUCGUUGCAGCAAAUUCGGAUCGGUCACGUAUUGCUUGCUUAUACUUAGUCGUGGGAAAUUGCGAGCAAAGCCGGACCAGCUGCAGGAGGCGCUCCUGGUGCUAGUAUUUGCGGCGCAGCAAUAUUAUCGUGUGGUGUGAACAGGCAACAGCGUAGAUCAACAAAGGUCUUCACAUUUGACGAAAAUGCGUCAACAACGUACCCCAGCAAGCCCAGUGAUGCGUGGGCAAGCGCAAGAUGCGGUUGGGGCCCCGUGCCGGCGCUUGAACAGGAUCGCUCACUCUGUCAUCGGUUCGUCACACUGUGAGGCACCUGCUUCAGGAGGACCGGGGCAAUCUUCGCAAGGCGGUGACACGACACUCCUCAACCGUUCUGAAGGAGGUAUCUCCGGCACUCCAGACAUUUGCGAUGUUCUCAUUGUCGGAGGGGGAGCCGGGGGCGUUGCAGUUGCAAACGCACUGCAUGAACUACCGAAUACGGGACGACCGUCAAGGAUACGACUUUUUGAGAAAGGCGAGCGCCUGGGUGGAUCCGACAAUUUCUUCUUGGCGUCUGAAAGCAAACAACCAGCCGGACCUGCAGCGUCUAGCGGCGCUGAUGUCUAUCGAGAACAAGCAGUGGCGCCCCAAUCGUGUCUAGAGGAGUCGACGCUCAGGAAGGCUGAACCGUGUUCACAUCUUAUCCUGAGUAAAAACGUCCCCACGCCAGAGUUGUAAUGCAGAUUUGCAAAGCCAAAGACAGGAAGACGUGUAAUGCGCAUCCCCAUGAGAGCCAUUUCCAAUCGUGUUUAGGAAUUUGUGAUGCUGUGAACAGGAUGAGCAGAUGAAUCUGUGAUGCGGCUGCACUUGCUAACCUGCACUACACUGCAGAGUGCAACUUGUCAUGCGUGACUCACAAAGCUCCUAGGUUUGUGUUGCAAAAUCCCCAUCCUGACUCUGGUGUGGGUACGUUUUUCCUCAGGAUACAUCUCCAGGCCCAGGUGGUCGGAGUGUUCAGUGACGGGUACUUAGGAGUGCACUACGCCGACGCGGAUCGAUACCGUUUGUGCAAGCCGGAAAAAGCAGUGGUGUUCGCGUGUGGCGGCCGUCCGGGUUAUGCGGUUUUCCCCGGCAAUGUACAACAGUGUGGCCAUUUUUGAUUUGGUUUUUUAGUGAACUCGACCGAAACCGAUCCUGUUUCUGAACGACCGAAGAAAAAGAAGAAAAGUUGCUUCAGAAACAAAUGACUCAUUGUUCUUUCAUCAUCCGAGCCGUUGUAGAUUACAGUCGUCAUGUUCAUUGCGUCAGGAAGCCUCAUCAAUACCCCUCUUGCUCCCGUUAACAUCGAGGUAUGCUACGACGAAAGUCGUGAACCCUCGAGCCCGACACACUCACGUCACGUAAAAGUAUUGUACUUGAUAUUUUUCACAGGACCUUCCCGGAGUAGUCUUCUGGGACCAGGCAGCGCGCGUCAAACGGUUGACCGGCAAGAAAGUGGUGGUGGUUGGCGGGACAAGCGAGGCCUUUCGCAUCGCCGAGACUCUGGCCUCGCGAGGCGCGGACGUUGUCGGGUUGGCCAACCCGGAGCGUCAGCACCAGCGCACGGCGUCGGAUUUGUACCGAUUUUGUAGUAUGGAGGAAAAGAAAUUUCCGGUUUUUUCCUAUUGCGACAUCUUGGCUGCGAGCGCAGGUGGGACUGGCGCGGUCCAGUCGCUCACCAUCCGGGACCACACACAACCAGAGAGCUCCGACAGUCGCAUGGUAUCUAGAACUUCUCCUACGUUUUUCAUAUCACGCACAACUGCUCUCGUACUCGUCUGAUUUUGUUUUAUCUCGCGCAGUGCGCCUCCUGGUCCUGUCCGGUGCGCACCUGCUGGACUGAAAUAUACAUUGAUGGCCUUCAGUAUGCAGCGGCAGUGGCAGCGCCGUUUCUUUCUCAAGAUUGCUCAGAAGAUCGUUGACAGAAGAAAAUGAAAUUUGUAUCGUUGUUCUCGAGAAAAGUACAACUCGUAAAUAGAACCACACUCUAUGAAACAUUCACCGCGAUAAUUACAGGUCACCCUGGCGACCAACAUGGUGGUGGUCGCAAUCGCGAAAAUUCCGGCGACGGAACUGCUUGAAAAAGCGCAGGAGUUUCUGCAAGUUCCGGUCUUCCACGUUCCCUCCUGCGGGGGCGACGUUGCCAGGAGUGAAGCCUGUGCCAAGAAAGUGGCCCAGCAGAUCAUACUUGGCGUCCACAAUGGGUCUCGAGGGCCCGACGAUCUCGACACACCAGUGCGAUCUGCCUUGAUUCCAAAUGAAGCAAACGACUCGUCGGCCUGUUGCAAAGCAAAAGCUGCGUCAGUCGCGACGGCCAUGACCAGUGAAGCUUCGAAAGAUGACCACCUCCAGUCCCCCGCCGAGGGAUCAGCAAGUGCCCAACGACCUGCCGGAACAAUAUCAUCGUGUGCAUGCCGAGAUGAAACCGGAACCAAGGGAAGCGCCUGCGCAGGUAAACCGAGAAAGGAACACCAGAACAGGACCACAGAGGCAAGUAGUCUCCGCGCUGGUGGGGAUCUUCAUGACUUUGCUGAUAUUGAGGAUACUGCCAUCGUUUGUCGAUGUGAGAAGGUGCGUUUGGGGGAGAUCAAGAAGGCGGUGCUGGAGUCCAACGGGGACAUGAACGCGGUAAAGCAGCUCACGCGCCAGGGAAUGGGCUACUGUGGCGGCUACCAGUGCUCCGCCGCAGUGCUGAACCUGAUCCAAGACGGAAAAAUUCCACUGCCGCCUGGAGGCGCAAGUCCAAGUGCAAGUGGAGAGGCAGUAGCAGAGGUCCGCACGAAAACAACAAAGCACGCCGAGGCCGUGACCGUGCAGCAGGCCGACGGAGUUGCAGCCAAUGAUAAAACCUCCGGCGCGUCACCUGCAGUGUCCAGUGCGACACUGCUCAACCGGCGGCACCAGCGUCCACUGAACUUGGAGCUGUCCAUCGCGGCCCUCGCAAAAGCGGAACCUCCAACGGCCACCAUCCGCAGUGGUGCCCCCAAGCUUUCGUUUGAAGAGGACUGUGAAACUUUCGACAUCAUCGUCCUGGGGGCGGGGGCCGUCGGCACGCCAACGGCGCUGUUCCUCAAAGACCACUUCGCGAAAGUGUUGGUACUCGAUGGAAACCCAUCCAGCGGCCAAGGGGACAACAAGCGGGCGCUCGGAGGCGUGCGAGCAACAUUUGGAAACGGAGCAAAAAUCGUCGUUGGCCUCGACAGUAGUUUAAUAAACCUCGAUGUUUUCUUCAUAGUUGAUGCUGUGACAGGCGAAGGUCGUGCUAGCAAUAAAUCUCGAAGUCUUCGAGUUGUAAAUGUGAUAUCCACUAUUCACACAGGUGUGGAAAUUUUACGGAACUGGCAGCGUGACACGGGGGAUAACAUCGACUGGCGGGACGGUGGCUAUCUGUUCCCACUCUACACCGAGGAAGACGAGCGGAAGCUGAAAAAUCUGCUUCCGACACAGUGGAAAUUCGGGCUGGAAAUUGACUGGAUUCCGCCGGCGGAGGUCGAGAAGCUGGUGCCGGGCAUUGAGAAGCAGAAUCUCCGGGGCGGUAUCUUCUCUCCGCGGGACGGCCAGGCGACACCCUACCUCACCAGUCUGUCCAUGCUCCGCCUGGCAAAGCAGCGCGGCGUUCGCUUCGAGUUCUGUCACAAGGUCGCGGGCUUCAUGCUAUCGUCCACGGGUGCUGGUGGUGGAGCAGCAGUAGAAAAAGCUUCCGGGGUGACCACUACGGUCCCAGCACCUCCAGGUAGCGACUUCCCAUCAUCUUCAACGAACAUGAUCCAGAACCGCGUAGUCGGCGUAACCGCAUUGGACACGCGAACGGGCAGAUUGCGGAAAUUCCGCGCCACCACGUGCGUGGUCAACUGCCUGGGGGCCACGACGAACGAGGUGGUCUCGACUUUGGGGCACACGCUCGCACUGAAGGUCGAUUCCCACGACGCGGCCGUCACCAAGCCCUGUCUCGGAAACCCCGGGUUUCCCAAGAUCCAGCCCCUGGUGGUGGAUAUUCGCAACUUCGCGGGAUCUUCCAGUUUUUACUUCUACCAAAACGACCGGGGACAGCUUCUGCUCUCCAAUAUCCAAGUUGAACCAAAAUCUAGUACUCGUCGUGUCCUGAAGCCACAGUUCGCGCCGCGCAGCUUGCAUAAUCGUAAUUUUAUCGCAAUUUCUUCAUUUCAGAAUGAUCGAAUCUUCACGAGGUUGAUUGCCAUACUUUCCAGAAGGAACAAAUGUGAGCUGAUCACGCUUCCUUUUUAUUCUGAUGAAUGCGCGUGCACGUACAGGAGCAUCUUGUCAAUUUUUUUCCUCAGUAUGCAUGUUUUUGUUCACUGCUUUCACUACAUGUUGAUGGAAGAAAGAUUUUGGUACUCGAUAUCGAAUGCGCCCUACCCAGAAGUUCCCGGUUUUGACACACAGGAGACCAGUCAUUUUCUCCCGCUGCUGGCUAAACGGCUCCUUGCUGUGCUGCCCCACGCGCGCGAGCACGUGGAGGUUCGACGCAUCUGGCGCGGGCUGUACGCGAACACCACCGACGGCAACCCCCUGGUCGGAUUCGACCGCCACUACGCCGGCCUGUUCCACGCAGUGGGGCUGGGCGGCCAAGGCUUUAUGCUGGGGCCUGGUGUGGCCAAGCUGAUCACCCGCAUCUUUUCUGGGCAGCCGAACCCCCACGACGAGCUCUGCCUGCGGGAGUUCGAUCCGUUUCGGAAAAAACUCGGCCGCGGGAUGCACCAGCCACUAUUCCCCAGCACGGCAGCGGGAAACGGAAACGGUACCAGCCUCACGCCAGGAGAACCAGAUCAGGUCGCAGAAUCCUCAGAGCCAUGCCCGUAAUACGCACCGCACGUAGAAGUACUUGAUUUGUUGAAAACGGAAGCGCUCGAGCGGAAAGAAACUUUUGGGCUUGUUCUCUCUGGUCGACGCCAACGACUCGAGCAACUUCUCACGACGGCCGAACAGAAGAAAAACAUGGUUUGAGUCGCAAAAGUCUGUGCGCUCUUGCUGCGAGGCGGGUGAAAUUGACACUCAGCAGUUAGCACUGCACGAAGAAGACCGACUCACAUUCCGCGUCCGCCGCAAGAAGCUUCACGUGAUUUUGAGCACUGCACACCGCCCGCGAGUUGAAUAACAACUUGGAACCGUGCCGCGCGUAUCGGUUUUCCGUCCGGAUUCUCGACUAAUGGAAGCACGAUGGAUGCUCUGACGGCAAGAACCCGGCAGGAUGCCGAAAUCCAGGCUUCCUUCCGUGGGCUAGUUAGUACGCAGGUUCGAUGAACUGCAUCACUACGUUAGACGCACAAGCUGCCAGCGCUAAACGCAAUUCGAGCCAACAUGAUACUAUGAUAACUGAUGUGCAGAUGUUGAUGACACAGCUUCGGCUUCCGGUGUACGAUAGUGAUAGAGAUUUGCAAGCAUAAAAAAUAAAGCGACUAAGAACGCGACAGCGCUCGAAGAUGAUUCGUCUAUAUUCAAAUAAUAGUGCUGAGUUAGUCCCGUUGCUUCGAUUCGACAUUGGUACUUAUUCGGAAUCACAAGACAUUGAAUGCGCGUGUCAAUGAUGGGAAAGAUCUUCCAAGAUAUACACAUGAUUGAUGUAGUUUUAGAUUGAUUUUUGUCGCUCGCGGGGACAAAACCUGCCGCCCACUUGUAAAAUUUAAAUCAUUUUUCUUUUUCAUUUCAUCCGGCCCCAAGCGGUAGAAAGACAAAGAGCGUCGUCAGCCCCUCGUCAAGGAGAUAAAGAUAAAAUAAAGAUAUGGAUAAGGGCAGCAUCAUUGCAGAGCGGCCACUAGGGCAAAACCAACAUCAGUCACUGUCGCAAUCUAUUGUAAAAUUCUAAAUGGCAAUGCGGUCGUGCACGCAUGUGCUCGUGCGCUCUAUCGUCCAGCGCAGUGCAUGCAGUGCUCGCCUCCGUUGCCCCCACCACUUGCAUUCUAAAGCUCGAGGAGGCAUUCCCAAUUAAGUGCUCAAUACGAAUCUUUUACGCUUGCUUGUACAGUCAAAGUAGAAUGUGGAUGAAGAAGAUUUUCAUUUUUCCUUUUUGUUUUUGCCUUUAGGCCCUUUUGAGUGCCCCAUGUGGCUCGGUGAAAGAGCAACUACGUAGAUGAAUUUAAAUUCUACUGCUGGCAUUUCGGUUUCGCGGUAAGUGUUUCAAGGUCGUGGACCGCCUUGAAGUUGGAGUUUGAGCUUGAAGGUGUUCCGCGGCACCCAGGCUGGGUCACAGAAAGCUUGCUGGGUACAUACCCACGCCUAGUCGUAUUUGCGAAUCAAGUACGAGAAACAUUUUGGUGUAUGAUGUGCCCUUCCAUCUUCCCAUCUUCCGUUUUGUGAUUGUCUUUGUAGUAGUCAUAGUCAACAAAAGAAGUUGGAUUACCAGGGCGUCAAAUAAAAUUGUGCUCAAUCCAUGGAACACGAAGUAGCUGUUCUGAGUUGCAUUUCCAAUCAAAACAAAGCCUCGUGAGUAUGAAAAGCAAGACAAAAAUUAUCUAAG